AUUUCCGCAAACACUGUGUGGAUAAUGAUGCGUUUCGACACUUUAACAGUGUUUACACGACACAUAAAACUAUUUUUAUGUAAAAAUGGUUCGUAAAUGUAGUUUUUCCGUGAUAUGAGCGUUUUAAUAUGCGCUUUACACGAGUUAACACUGAACGCAGCGCUUUCUUCAAAGUCUCUAAAUGCACCGCUGGGUUAAACGCGGCGUCAGGGCUCUGUGGAAGAGUUUACGCUAGCAGGCUAAUCCCGGCAGCCUAACGGCCGACUGGGAGCGAAAGAGUUGCCCUCUCUGAGUGCAACAACUCCAGGGUUAACAGCAGCAGCAACUCUUCCCCACCCCGCCAACGUCACCAUCGCAGCCGUGGCGUCCCUCCGAAGCCAACAACAUGGAGUCCGGGCUGCUCUCUGCGAGCACGGCCGCUUAGCCUUCAGCGCCGCACACACACUCGGCACAGAGCUGGAGGAGCAGCGGUGCAGCACAGCGGGCGUGUUUACAUGAGACUUCAGCCCGAGCAGAUCAUGGAGAGCCGCUGCUGCGUGUGACUGGACGCAGGACGCUCCGGAGAAGAAGACUGUGAGGCAGCCAGGCAGGCCGUUUCGAAGAGGAACUAUGUAGGUGAAGUGCAGCAGACCAGCGUGCCGGACUAAUGGAGCCUGGUGUAGGUCCUCCCUCCAGCAUGGAUCCCCUUGAUCCAUCAUCCAUCGGUGGGCCAUCAGCAUCCCCCUCUCUGCUCAACAAUAGCUUGCUGGGGGGGUUGUCCCAAGGUGGUGGUCUGGAGAGGGAUGAUGGCGAAGGGGAUUCUGGGCUUCCAAGAAGCCUACUCCCCAGAAUUGAAACCUAUGGGAACAGUCUGAGAAAACCUCGAUCCUCAGCCUUCCCUUCAUCUCUAACAUGGGACUCAGACUCUGAGAAAGAAAUAUUUGAUGAAGAGGAGCUUCAGCACUUUUCUAAUCCACAUGGCCUAGCUGCUCACAGUCCAGGAAGUCCCACCUGUGGACAGGAACAAGAUAGAGUUGACUGUGGGGUUUACCAAACAACUGAGACGUCCAAGAACUUAUUCUUUGAGAUGGAGUUGGCCAGUCCGCUGGAGAGGAGAGAUCAAGGUAGAGACGAAACAUAUGGAGAGCCAAGGAUUGCACAGUCCAGCACUACGCAACUGGAAAAAGACAAAGCUGGAAGUGUGUCGGACCAGGCUGGGUCACUUUUCUCAGAAACAAAGCCAAAGGAGGGGUGCCAAAAAAAGGAAGAAGAGAUUAAGAAGUUUGAUCAGAGGAAGGAGGGGGUGAGGAAGGUUCCUGAAAGGGAUGUAUACACCUUUCCAGGUGAUUCAGACCCGGAAAGUCCUCCACCAGGUCCCUGGGCACAUUGCACCUUUAUCCAGCGUAGGAGAAAGAAGAGGGCCUUACUGAGACCUUUCUCCGGACUGAACCCCUGGCAACGCACAACUGCUACAAGCAGGAAGACUAGGUUAACCUCUGCCAGGGCAAAGGGCCGUGCUAAGACGGUGAACGACGAAGCAGGGGUGUUUGAGUUUAAGGAGGAAGAAGAGGAGAAAGUUCAGGAGAGGGAGAGGCCACAAGGACUCAGAGGGGAGCUUUGCCAGGAGAUUUUUACUUGUGUGGAAUGUAGCAUUUACUUCAAAAGACGAGCACAUCUGCGGGAACACAUGCGAGAGCAUGCCCCAGAUGGUGGGAGAAAGGGGCAGCGUGGCGAGGAGGGUGCAGGAAGGAGGCGGGCCAAAAAGACUGGCUUUGAGUGUAUGGAGUGUGGUCAGGAGUUCUCCGACAGGCUAGUGCUGGUGGAUCACCACAGACGACAUCAAGAAUCACGACGCAAGAUCUUGGAAGAGAUUGGAAAGCUAAAUGAUGGAGGGAAGGGGACAGUAGUGCAAACCAGUCGCAGAAAGCCCAGGCGUCCAACCAUUAAAGAACCUUCUACUGUCUGUGGCCAGUUUGUCUGUCUCAAGUGCAACUACAGCUCUGAUGUGCCUCAAGAGCUUGCUGACCAUGCCAAGACACAUACCACUCGAGCAAAGGCUGGUGUCCCUCGAGCCUCGCCCCGUUUCCAGCAAAAGUCCCGUAAAAAAGGUCAGACACGACUUUCUGGGAAUGUAGCAUCAAGCCAUGCUACCACACUGCCCAACGAGAGGUAUCCCACGAGAGCCUCUGUGCAAGCAACGGAAAAACACCCUGAAGUUGACCACUCUCAGACCAAUGCCUGUGACCCACAGGCUGAGAAUGAGGGUGACCCCUUUCCAGGAUCUAGCCAGGAUCACACUGUCUCUGCUACUCCAGCAGAACCUGUAGACCAGCCAGAUGUAGCAAGUGCUCAUACUGAUGCCCCUUCCCCUGUGGGUCAGUGCCUGCAGGAGGAAUCUGGGACAACGCAGGUGGGUCUAGCAGAGGAGAACUUCCAAAAGCCUCAAACUCCUGCACUAGUACCUUCAAAUGCAAAGGCACCACGACGCAGGGAUGUUGCGUUCAAGAGUACAGGGAAACGACGCUCAAAACGAGUUGUGAGGGAUUCAAUGGGGCGGACGCGAGGAAGUAGCCGACAGGAUCCUCAGCUUACUGACACUAAUGAUGCUAAGAACCAGAACCAAAACACUGAUCAGACAACAGAGGAGGACCAAGCAGAAGCUGCACCUCUACCAGAACCAGAGGCUGAGCCAAAACUGGUCAUCAAAAUAGACCCUUUGGAGGCACCUGCCCUGGCAUUGCAGCUGAAGCGCAGUUUCUCAGCAAGCCUUCGGGGGGCGACAGAGAGGCUAGAUUUGGCCGAGGGGCAGCAGGCCCAGCUCAGACACAAGUUACCCCUCGUCCUCAUAAACGCCCUCAGCUCUGACCUCCAAACUCCCCUCUCAUACAACAGAGUUAUGGGAGAAGAGUCCUCUACUGUGUCCUCAGACCUUAAACCUUCCCCUCCACCAAAGACCAGUGAGGAGCCCAAAGAUCAGAGGAAUGAGGAGACCCUACUGGAAAACAGAGAAGAUAAGUGUGGUCAAGAUAUCACUGAGGCAAAAGAUGACGACCAUGCUGACGAUGAGGAUAAUGACGAUGACCUUGAUGAAGUGGAAGAGCAGGCUGUUUUUAAUCGCCUUCUUGAGGCCUUAACUGAAGAGGAGGAUGAGGAAGACGAAGAGGGUGUUUCGUUAAAGAGUGUGGGGAGGAAGUGCCCCUACUGCCCAGACCGUUUUGACAAUGGAAUCGGACUAGCCAAUCAUAUUAGGGGUCACCUCAACAGAGUUGGAGUCAGCUACAAUGUCAGACACUUCAUAUCCCCAGAAGAGGUUAAUGCCAUUGAGAAGAAGUUCUCCUACCAAAAGAAGAAGAAAAAAGUUGCCAACUUUGAUCCAGCAACUUUCAGCGUGAUGCGCUGUGAGUUCUGCAGCGCUGGCUUUGACACCAGGGCCGGACUUUCCAGCCACGCCCGCGCCCAUCUCAGAGACUUUGGUAUUACCAACUGGGAGGUCACUGUCUCCCCCAUCAACGUCCUCCGAGAGCUCUUCUCCAAGCGGCCGGAUCUCGCUCUAUCCACCCCUCCUUCUUUUACCUCCGACGUGCAGAAACAGGACCCAGAUAAAGAGAAGGAGGAGCCUGUAUCAGGGCAGGACGAGGAGGGUGGAACUUCAGAAGCAGCGCCGCAGGCACCCGAAUCUCCUACUCCACCUUGGAAGGAGGAACAUAAUGACAGUGAACCUGAGGGUGGGGAGGAUAAAGAGGACGUUGUAAAGAUGCCACUUCUGGACAACUUCAGCUCAAGCCCAGGCUCGAAUAGCUCCUUCUUACAGCCAGAGAACGUUGCUCCUGUAGAAGAGCCAGAGUCCAAGAGCUCUAGUUUGCUGAAGUGUGAGGUCUGCAGUGCUCCCUUUGAGACGCGACGAGGCUUAUCCAGCCAUGCCCGCUCUCACCUGCGCCAGCUUGGCGUGGGCGUGUCAGAGAGCAGCGGAGCCCCCAUAGAUCUCCUCUACCAGAUUACCAAGGAACGGGCCACUGAUGCCCAGCCCCCCGUCACACCCCUCUCACACGCUCCAGCGCCAUCGCCGAAAAAAACUCCUCCAUCACCCGUGCCCACACCGAGCCCCAGGAGGGACACAGAGUUUGAAGAGGAAUCGCAGGAUAUUAAGCCCCCUCUCCCGCUGUCUGUCUUGGGCAGUGUAGUGAAAGUUCCCCCUUCUCCGACCAGCCCCUCUCCAUGCGGUUCUCUACCCUCCUCUCCGUUUGGAAAGUCUCGCUCUCCGUCUCCGUCCCCUGUUCUGAGAAAAGCCCCCAUCUCUUCCCUGUUGCCUGUGUCUUCCCCACUGCGCUCCCAAGAGCAUAAGUCCAUGUGCAGGGUUCAGAGCACUGCCCUGUCCACUCCACCCAGACCGUUCUGGGCUCCACAGGACACAGACGCCCCUCUGAAUCUCACAAUGGAAGCGGACCCCAGCAAAGACAUUAUAUGCAAGUUAUGUGGUGCGUGGUUUGAGACGCGCAAAGGCUUGUCGAGUCAUGCGCGUGCCCACCUCCGCCACUUCGGGGUGGAAUACUCUGAGUCCAAGGGUUCCCCCAUCGACCUCCUAAACAGACUCAUCCUCACUGACGACUUCAAACAUAGAGCGAAUUCCUUACUCCCUGACAGCCCAGAGGACCUGAGGGUCCGAAGUUCUGGCGUGACUCCUCCCUCUCCAUCCACAUCCACGUCUUCAGCCUCCAAGAGGCCCCUCCUCCCCAGCUCUCUCCUCUUCAAAACUUCAGCACUGGGCAGUGGCGUCGGCCCUAAAGCUACCUCCUCCUCCUCUUCCUCCACUACGCACUCCUUGUUAGCUCCACCCACCAAGAAGUUGAAACCCUCCCCACAACAAGUCUUCCGUUUGAAUAGCAGGGAGCUGAUGCCCAUUUCUCUUGCUGAACCGCUGAAAGAUGUGGGCUGUGAGUUCUGUGGUGAGCUUUUUGAGAACCGUAAGGGCCUCUCCAGCCACGCCCGCUCCCAUCUGCGCCAGCUGGGCAUCACAGAGUGGUCUGUGAACGGCUCACCCAUUGACACGCUCCGGGAGCUCAUAGCUCGUCGAGGUCUGCCUUGUGUCACGCCAGUAAAACCCCUGAAAUCACCUUCUUCCUCACCAGGCCCAGGACCUCCUCGAACCUCCCUCCAAUCCUCUUCCCCACCGGGGGGCGUCCUUGGCCGCUUGACUUUUCCUUAUACUCACCAGUCCAGCCAGCACCAGCCCACUGCCCGCAAGCUGCCUGUAUCAGCUUCUGCCACCAACUCCUCCUCCACAGUGGUAAUGGUUAAACCCAAGCCAGAACCUGAGCAGGUGGAAGUCACCGUGACUGAAGAAGAGAUAGAAGGACGCGAAGCGUAUGGCUCUGAACCUCAGCAUUCCAGUUGGGGCAGCACAGACAAUGUGCAUCCUAUCAACCUGGUCAUGCCUCAAGAGAGAGAACCCUCACGUGACAUCCGCUGUGAGUUCUGCGGCGAGUUCUUUGAGAACCGCAAAGGUCUCUCCAGCCACGCCCGCUCCCACCUACGCCAUAUGGGCAUCACAGAGUGGUCUGUGAAUGGCUCGCCCAUCGACACGCUGUGGGAGAUCAUGCGGAAGCAAGGCACCACGCCUGCAUCCGUUGUGCUGGGCAUGAAGGAGGAGCCAGGGCGGGACAGCAGCCCACCUUGGAAAGGUCAGGGUUAUCAGUCACCCAAAGUCUCUCGCAAGUCACCUCUUAACCUGCUCCACUCUGGCUCACGCCUCCAUAAGCAUGGAUUAGGGGCCACAGGGCUGUCCACCACACCCCCUGCAGGAAAGUUUUUUGGUAUGGCACCACUUGGAAAGAGGGUGCUGGCAUCUGAAGGACACCUUGGUGAAAGGUCACCACCAGCCACGUCCAAAACCUUCUCACCUCCACCACAGGAUUUCUCAUUUAAGGCCAAAGUAUCCACGGACAAGCAUGGGGUAGGCCACAUGGAUGCUAGCUGUGAGCUGUGUGGUUUCUUCUUUGAGAACCGGAAAGCACUGGCCAGCCACGCUCGCGCCCAUUUGCGACAGUUUGGUGUGACUGAGUGGUGUGUGAACGGUUCACCUAUCGAGACGCUGAGUGCCUGGAUGCGCAGUCGCCCACAAACAGUAGCUGAGAUACACCGCAGUUACCUCCAGGGUGGACGCAAUGCCCAAAAGAAGAGGAGCAGUUCUUCUCUCUCGCCAUCAUCUGAUUCUGACCCCAUGACCCGUGUAUCUCAGAAGCCUUCAGCAGGCCAGUGGGCAUCCUUGACAUUGUCCCAUGGGAGGACAGUCAGACGGGAUGCUAUGAAGACCUCCUGGAGAUCAUCAUCACAGGCAGUUGAUGUAAAAAAUGGUUUGGGUGCCUCCUCUCGGCAUGUUGUCAGUACACAGGGUGAGGGACAUCAGUCCAACAGUACUCUUCCACGUGCCCAAGUGGCACGGAGUGAACUAAACGUCCGUGUGCCACGGGGCAUUGAGCGACGGCCACUGAAACACCCAUCACAUGCUGAUGGAGGGGAGAGAGAGAGCUGUCCCCCAAAACCACCUCGUACCAGUACCGUACCUGCCCUUGUCCCAAAGCCUCCCUCCACCCCACUUGUCAAACUUGUGGGAAAAAUCUACUCCCUUAAAUGCCGGUUCUGUGAUGUGGAGUUCCAUGGCCCUCUCUCAGUGCAGGAGGACUGGAUCAGGCACCUGCAGCAACACAUUCUGAAUCUCAACUACAACAAACCAGUUCCCACUGCAAACAGCACUCCUGCCAAAUCUGACACAGCUGCUCCUCGAACCCAAGCGUCAGCUACUACCUCCACCGCUACUACUACUUCCACAGCUCUGACUACCACCUCGACCAUCACGCUGAACCCCACACCUAUACCCACGCCUGCCUCUACUCCGACACCCGCACCCACUCCAACCCCAACCUCAACAGCUCCCCCAGUGGCCAGCCUUGGAACUCCAGCCACAGCAGAGCCAGUUCUUACUCCUGCCACAUAAUACACGCUCUGCUGCCUCAUGUUUUUGCCUUCCUUAUCCAUCAUUCUCUCUGAACUUCCUUACAGACUGUUACAGACCCGUCUUUGAAUAUGUGUCUCUGUCAUUAUAAAACAGAGCUUUCAGAAAAGCUUUGCCAACCACCCACUCACCCUGACCCACUUAGCAUGCAGCAGUAAAGGUAGAGUGAGGCUUGAGAUAGGCCAGUUGCCAUGACAAUUUAGGCUUUCCUGGCCAACAAAAUAUCAAGCCAUCAGUCAAGUGCAGGAGGGUCACAAAAUCCUCCAUGCUUAACCUGAUGGUUUAGUUCUUCAGUGGUAUUAUUUGUGUAAUCAGACACUGACGGUUCAGAAGUGCUUAUGGAGAUGAAGUAUAUGUGGUAACUAACUCCUGUAAACUUGCUGACUUCGCCCUGUGAUUGGAUUUUAUUGUAGCUCAGUGGGCACUUUAAGAAUGUAUGGAUUGAACGCUCCAUACCUUGUAAUACUUUCUUUUGUUUAGUACUGAUCAAACUAGUCAAAACUAUCACAUAGGUAAGAGUACCUAGAAGCAAUCUAUGGCACAAUUAUGAAAACACGUUAUUGUGUUCGUCCAAAAUUGUUGUAGCACUUUUCUUGAACGGCUUUGUUCCGAAGCACUUAAACACUAGGCCAAGCCUUUUUACCCUAGAUGGGUGUGGCAAUCAGACACGCAUUCGAUGGUUAACACAGUCGUGCCAUAAUGAAGCAUGAACUGACACUGCCGACACACCAUCGUUAAAAUUUUAGGAUCUCUUUGCACCUUACUGGGUCUCAUUUAAGAGUGAGACACAAUUUAGGUCAUUUUUUUAUUGAAACAGGCCUUUAAUGUUUUGUUCUCAUAAGCCUAGUUCCCAAAGUGAACAUUUCUCUGCCAGAUUUUUGACAUUUAUUUUUUUUUUAAUCAUUUAUAUUUCAUUUCUUCAUUUCUUUCUUUUCUUUAAAAUCCUGAAAAUGUUUUUCUUUAAAUUAAUGAAUUAAUUUUUGGCCCAGUAAAGGCUCAUAUAAGCUAUUAAACAUUGAUUGAUCUAAUCAAAUAUUUAAUUAAAAAUGAGCAAAACAGGCCCAACUGGCCUUUUCAGAAGUUCUGACUACUGUUUGUUUUCUGGGUUCUUGAAGCUCAUGAUUUUUUACAUGUUGGUACUGCAGAAGGUACCUGCAUAAGCUAGAACUUAAACAAUCCUAAAAUUCCGUUAAGUCUCUAAGAAACCUAGAUUUUCUUUUGCACAUUAGCUUGCUGCUGUUGAAGCAGUCCCAAAUAUUGAGGCAGCUUAUAGGGAAUUGCCUCUUCCGUUUGCUUAAAACAGUUUGUUUUUUCAAGAAAUUGCCUUGGAUUCAUUGAAUGGGAACUGGGCCUAAAAAUGUUGGGCUCUUAAAUACUAGGUUUUAUUGGGAUGCAGUUAAACUGUCUUAUUUAUUUCCUGCCUUGACUUAAACCCAAACCUCUGUGCUAAUUUAUUGCACCUUUGAAUGUCAUAAAUUUGAACUGGUUUAGCUACAGGACAAGAAUUUGAAUGUCUUGCAAAAGGGCAAUGAGUUGAUGCACUUUUAUCAGAGUUUGGAUAGGGAAGCAUAUGGAAGUAUGUAUGUGUGUGUGAGUGCGCGUGUGCAUGCACUUACAAGGUCAGUAAUUCAUAAUUAUGGUUGCCUGUAAAUGCCCUCACCAUGUAGUGGUAAACUCUGACCCUGUAUACUUUUAAAGUUGUUUUCUAUAGCAUACUAGUGUCCAUGCCAAGAACUUGGCUGCAUCGCAUCCAUCCGCCUGUGGCAGAACGUGCCAAAGAGUCAGUCUCAGAGUCACUCCCAGACAUUUGACAUGAGGCAAUCUCAUUGGCUACAGCUAUCAAGCGCAAGCUCCUGAUUGGAUGAAAGCAACAUUUUCUUCAUUCAGUCGUUUCAAGUUGAUGAAACUGUGGACAGUGAUGACCAGUAGAGAAGCUGCCUUGAUCUUGUCUGGAUUGUAUUUCCACCUUUGAUGAACUACAUGAAUGCAUAUAACAGACAAAAGCACUACAGGUUUAUGUGCUGAAUCUUAAUAUUUGAACGUUGACAGUCAAGUUGGUUGGUCCAAGAAGCGUCUACACAUCCUGCUACUAUGAAGGACUGUCAGAACUAUGUAGCUUCACAUUGCUUUAGUUGGAAAUCCGUGUCAGCGUGAAGCAAUAACAGUACGGUCCAUAUGACACAAGCUCUGGGGGUUUGUUUCAACGUUCACUACAUUUCUCUGACUGUUAAAUCUUACAGUAUUCCUGUGGAGAAUAUAGGCUUAUAUAUAUAUUAUGUAAUUAACAGUAGAAGAAAAAAAUAAUUACAAGUAUCAACAGUUUGAAAUGUGAUCCUGAUCCAUUUAUCGUGAAUUUAUUGCAACUUUUUAAUGCCGUGUAUUUUUUAUUGCCAUUUGUGUUUCUGUACUUGCAGUCAAAGAUAAGUGAAAUAGAGUAAGUGUUAUUUUUUAUUAUGUUAGAUUCUCUUAAGAUGAACUACAUUGGUGCUCAUGGAUAUGAAUGGGUUUUUAAUUGAGUUGUUCUACGCUAGAUCUUGCAAUUAUUGUCCUGACAUGAAAGGACUUUAAAAAGGGGGGCUGUGAUGCUCUUUACGAUGAAAUGUUACUGGUUGGUGGCGAGCAGAUUCCGUACAGUGCGUCACAGUUCCCUUUUGAGACUUCUUCAGCUGGUUUGACUGGCUGCAGGGUGUGUGUUUGUGUGUAUGACUAGUGUAAGAGAGAAAGAGCGAGAAAGGCAGAGAACGCUAAGCUGCCAUGGACGAGUUGUACUGAGUUAGAAAGAUUCAUGUGAAUCAACAAAUCAUUAAAUGUGAUCUGAAACGUACAGUAGAACGAGUCACAUCGUUUCUGCUUCUUGUUAAAUAUACAAUGUCCUCCUUAAAUGUUGGGACAGCAAAGUCAGAACUGUUACUUCUGCUGUAUACUCCAGCUCUUUUAAUUAAAGAUGAGAACAAUGAAUAUGAGACAAAA